AGACUUAAAAAGUAGACUAACAGAAGUGAGAAGAGGCGCGUUUUAUACAAUAUAGGUCUUUACAAGAGCAACCGGUUGAACAAAAAUGGCAUCGAAUCAGGAUGAGACAAAAACGACUACAGAUAUUGAGAAACUCAUCCAACAGGAAUUACAAAUAAAAGAACUUGCUUCUUACAUCAAUAAAGAAAGUGAAUAUGUUGAAGACUGUGAAGGGAAAACAAUGAAGGUUCUUUAUAUAGAUGGAGUAGCACACGAAUGUGUGUUCCGAAGCUCCAUACACAUUGAUGCCAGGACAUUUACAGCACAUUCUGAUGAUGUAUGGGUCAUGUCCUGGCCAAGAUCAGGCUCCCACUGGGUCUGGGAGAACAUUCAGCGACUAUUGCAUGGUAUUGACAGCUUCGUUGGACCCAUACAGAAAGACCUAAGUGUAUUUGCCCUAAAUGCAGAUGGUAUAAAACAUUUUCCUCAGCCAAGAGUUAUAUCAUGUCAUCUAAGACGUGAGUUUUCACCACAGGAACUAUUCAAGAAGGGUUCUAAGAUUGUCUACCUCAUUAGGGACCCAAGAGAUGCAAUUGUGUCUUGGUAUAAAUUUAUACAGAGACAUGAUUUCUUCGAGUACGAUGGCUCUUGGAAUGGAUUUCUUUCACUUUAUUUCCAAGAUAAAAUACCAAGAGGCACAUGGGAGAAACAUACUAAAGGUUGGCUACAAGAAUCGAGGAACAACAAAAACAUAUUUUUCCUGAAGUAUGAAGACUUAAGACAUGAUCCACUGAAAUACAUCAAGGAGCUUGCAUCGUUUCUUAGACCAAACGAGACGUAUACAGAGACAGAACUUAUGAGGCUUAAAGAGAAGACCGACCUUUGUACAAUGCAGCAAAAGAACUCUGCAUACGAGCCAUUUUACAAAAAGGCGGAUUUGGCACUCAAUAUGAUAAAGGAAGAAUAGGAACAUGGAAAGACUGGUUCACAGUUGCACAAUUAGAAGACUACAAAAGACACUACCAUCAAUACAUUGAUGACAUGGAUACUUUUGAUUUGGGAUACAUAGACAAGGCACAUACCUGAAAUUCUCAAUAAGAAAUCCCAAGUGAAUUGGUUUAAAAGGAAUAUAUAAAUAACACAUAGAAUAUGCUUAUUAUUAUCCAUUGAAAACCGAAUUUGUUCCAGAAAAGUUAAGAGAGCCAUCUAUGUUGAGUUGUUUUCUUUGAAU